AUGGAUACAUUGUUAGCGCAGAUGGUGGAUAUGGGGUUUGAUGCAGAGGUUUCAAGAUUUGCUUUGGAACAAACUCAUUGUGCAGGAGUUCAACCAGCUAUUGAAUUCAUCUAUGCAAUGAAUGAUAAACCAAAUGCUGCAGGUUUCAAACCAUCAACACCACAAAGACAAACAACUACUACUAUAGAUAACAAUAAUAAUAAUAAUAACAACACAAGUUCACUUGGUCGUCAAGGAACAUCAUCACUAUCACAACCAACUAAAAAGAUUAGAACUAGUAUUAGAGACUCUAAUGAAUCAUUCGAUUCUGAUGAAGAGUAUUAUCAAGAUGUCGAUGACUAUGAAUUCGACUCUCCCAUUGUCGAAGUUGCCAAUGUCACCAACACUGUCAUUCAAGCCUCUGAAAUUGCAAAGACUGCUCUCAAAGAGAUUGAAAAGAUUACCAAUAUCACUGAUGCAACACCAUGUGCUGCUACUUUAAUGUUAUUGAAAUAUCAAUGGAACUCUAACAAGUUACUUGAACAAUACUAUGAAGACCCUGAUCGUGUUAUGAAACAAGCAGGUGUACCUGAAAAGGAAGAAUUUACAGCAUUUGCAAGUGUAAAAGGAGAAGAUUGUAUUGUUUGUAUGGAUGAUCUUAGUCGUAAGAAUGGUUGUUUCUUAUCAUGUAAUCAUGCUGCAUGUGUACAAUGUUGGACAACCUAUGUUGAAGGUAAAAUCAGUGAAGGAGAGUCUAUCAGUAUGACAUGUUUGGCAUACAAGUGUGGUACCAUUGUAUCAGAUUCUUUUAUUAAAAAGGUUAUCCCACAGUAUUACAACAAGUAUCUCGAAAGAUUGGCCUUGACUUUUGUUGACAAGAAUCCAAAUAUGAGAUGGUGUCCAACUGCAGGUUGUGGUAAUGCAUUGAAAGCUGACAGUCAAUCAGAAUCAAUUGCACAAUGUACUUGUGGAUUUAGAAUUUGUUUCAAGUGUAAUCAAGAAUCUCACAUUCCAGCUUCAUGUGAUCAAGUCAAGCAAUGGAAGAAAAAGUGUGAAGAUGAUAGUGAAACUGCCAAUUGGAUCUCAUCUCAUACUCAAGAUUGUCCAAAGUGUCAUUCUGCCAUUGAAAAGAAUGGUGGUUGUAAUCAUAUGUCUUGUAAAAAGUGUACACAUGAAUUUUGUUGGAUUUGUAUGGGUAACUGGAAAGGACAUUCCAAUUGCAAUGCCUACAAAAAGGAAGAAAAUAGCAACAAAUCUGAAACAAAGAAGGCUCUUGAAAGAUAUUUGUUCUAUUUCCAUAGAUAUAAUACACAUGAACAAAGUAAAAAGUUUGAAACCAAAUUAAGAAAGGGAGCUUUGGAUACCAUUAUGGCUUUCCAAAACAAAAAGGAUAAGAGAUGGAUCGAUGUUAAGUUUAUCGAAACCUCUACCGAAGUUUUAAUUCAAUGCAGAAGAACUUUAAAGUAUACUUAUGUAUUUGGAUUUUAUCUCCAAGAUGGUGCUGAAAAGAAUUUGUUUGAGUAUUUACAAAACGAUUUGGAAAGAACUACCGAGAAUCUCUCUGGUAUGUUGGAAAAGGGUGAAGAUCAAAAUGUCCAACAACUCAAGGAAAUGACCAACUUGGCCUCUACCAAGCUUAACCAUCUCAUCGAAGGUGUCGAAGAAGGUCUCACUGCUCAUGGAACCAAGAAAAAGUUUUAA